AUGGAAUUGGAAGAUUCGGACAAAUCAUUACUAGCAGCACUGUCGGUAAAAACCUGUACGGAAGAAUUUAUUGAUUUUGUACCUUUACCAGCUACCGAUUACAAAAUUAAGUUCUCAGUAUCAGUUGCUGGUAUCGGUCUUAUUCCUGGACAAUUUACUACCAAUGGUGCACUUCGGUUUCAUUUACCAGCUGUUUAUAUUGUUAUAUCUAAACAGGUUGGACAGGAUGGAACGAUAAGUGUAAAUAUAAAAGGUGAAGCAAAAUUUUCAAAUCUUGAAUGGAAAUACAUAAUGCAAAUACGAUUCCGAGUUGGGAUAGCUGAAUCAGAUACGGAUCGUGUUGUGGAUGGUGAUUUAUUUGAGCUUGGAAAACGACUUCCACCAAUUGUAAUUCGAAUUGGUGAUGAAAGUAUUCGACGAGUACGUAUUGAAAUGAAAUUUGUCGAAACGCUGCAUAAUUUCUUGCCAAAAUUCGAGUAUGGUGAUAUUACAUUAAAAUUCAAAAAUGAAACAUUACAAGUAUAUAAAUCAUUGCUCAGUUUGCAUUCCAAUUAUAUGGCUGAAAAGUUAAAGUAUGCGGAAGAAGGUGAUUUGGUUGAUAUGGGUGACACUGAUGUAGAUGAUUUCAAAGAACUCUUAUAUCAGAUUUAUCCAACCAAACGACCAGUAUGGGCUAAUUUAAAAGGUUUAACUCGUGCAGCAGUUGGUUUUCGAGCAGAUGGUAUUAUCGAUCGAAUUACUUCCUACAUUGUAAAUUAUGAAUCUAUGUAUAUGGAGCAAAAGAUAACGGAAGCAAUCAAACUUGAAUUACCAAGUGUUAUCGAAGAGUUAGUAUAUAAAGCAGAACAAGACGGUUAUUGGAUGGAUAUUAUCCGUAAUGGAUUAAAUCCGGAAUUAGAAUACGGUGAUACCAUAUAUAAUUGUAUUAUUUUACCUGCAAUUGCUAAGGCUAAAUCAUUACCAUUGGGAACACCAGUACGAGGUCAAUUCUUCAAAGAGAUCAAUUUUCGUAAUCCACCCAAAAAUGAUGAUGAUAAUGAUACGGUUGUCUUAAUCAUUAAUGGUACUAAACUAUAUGUAAACAAAGGUAUUAUGAAGGUAAACAAUGAUACAGUAUUUGGUCGAAGUAAUAGAGGUGAAAUGAUAGCGCAAAUUAGUUAUGAUUUAGCUGUAGAAUGCGCAAAAAUAAAUAAAACUCCGUUAUAUAUUGUUGAAGCUCUUCUACAGCACAUUUAUCCUCAAAAUAAACCUAUCGAAAGCAUUUUGCUACGACCAUUACUUAUAUUUUGUAGCGCUUAUCGCAUGGAGAACGCUAUAGGCUCAAUCGAAAAUGUUGGUAUAAUAUGA